AUGGGGCUUUUCAAACAUAAAGACAAGGCGAAACCGGAUCUGCUAAGCCCCCAGCAAAACAACUCCGUGCCCCCUAGCGAGAGGCAGCAGUCUCCACGACCACAGCAGUUGGGACAUUCGCAAAACAAUAGCUUUCACGAUUCGACCUACUACUCGAACAGUAAUGCUUCAAGCGCAGAGUCGAGGACGAGUCAAAUACCCGCUCAACGACCUUUCCAGCCCCCUGGAACCACCAUCACGACCACCACAACAACGACAACAACUUCAGAUGGCACGACCCAAACCUAUUCGCACCCUUACAACCCAGUAACUGACCCUCCACCGGAGGUCACCGAGACAAGAGUCGACCACAGCCUCCCCCAGAAUGCAGACACGAAAACAGGCAUCUCGCAGCCCGUACCGCAAUAUGGAAGCCCGCAAAAUCCAGUUCGAGAAGAUGCGCAACCAAACCGGAUAGCCAGCCCACAGACUAGAGGCCGACCAAAUCCUACGAUCCAGCAAACGGCACCGACUCCAGGAACUUCCAAUCCGAAUUCGUUCAUGCAGGGGCCAGCGCGCAAGCCGACACCACAUCAACACGGAGGAGGAGGAUCACCGUCUCAGUUUGCCUCCCCACCGGCGCAGCAGAAAGGCAACAGUGAUUCAAGGGCGGAAGCAGAACUGGAUGCCGCACCCAUCUCGCCAACCACAGCCGGUGGUCGGCCAAUCCCUCCCAGGUCUGAGUUCCGUAAGUCGCCUAGUAAUCAGCAAGGACCGAUUCCGUCGCUUGUGCCAGACGGUCCAGCGUCGCCAAUCAUGCCGGAGCGGUCCGAGAGAAGGAGAUCAGGGGAGCACGUCGUGGCGCCGUUGAAUGUUAGUGCAGUACACAAUCGAAGCCCGGGAAAAGCAUAUGCCCACAACACGAGUACGCCGGACCUGGCUCAGCAAUACGCAAGAGGCGAUACAGGUCUCCCUGCUAGCAACGAGCCGUUUAGCCCAGCAAGCCCCACGACCGGCCGUCCCAGGACACCGAAUUUCUCACGACCAGGCGUCGCAGCAGCAGGGACCUCGCCGGCGCUACCUGUGUCGCCAGUGUCAGCAAGUCCAGCAGUCUCAGGCACAAACCCACCAGCCCCGGGAGCGAGAACGAGCGUUGCCAGCGGGUCCACCUCUCAGCUGAAGCCCGCUCGCAAACUUCAAGGCGUCGCAUCUACUCUCAAAGGCCUGCACGGCGCCGGGGAAGCCUUGCGAGGAUCGGUCAAUGGGCGAAUUGCACACGUGACGCGCGACCAGGCUGAAGAGGAGCGGAUGCGCGCCGUGAGGGAGAAGGGCUUGGGCGAGUGGAGGGGUAGCGGGCUGGAUGCGAAGAGUGCCGGGCUGAGGGAGGGGUUUAGGGAGAAGGCCGAGGGCAGGAUGAGGACGAGGAGGGCGAGUAGGGAUCGAGAUGGGGUGCAUGGGAGCGAAGGGCCAAAUGGGCUAGAGGCUGUGCAUGAGACGGAUCGGUGA